ACGGGCACCGGGGUGCUGGCUUGGAAAAACAACCUGGGCUCGCGCGGUGUGAAGCGCACGGCCCGGAAAACCGGACCAACCAGCAACUGGGGGGGCGCUUUGGCUCCUCGCUCCCUGCCCUCCCUUUUCUUCGGCCGGCCUCUCCCUCUAAUGUAGCGGCGCAGCAGGCACCGCCGCGUCGCACCUGCCGCAACAGGGACCAGCCGAUCAAACCGCCGCCGCCGCCGCCGUGGCGUUGUUGUUCCCUUGCCGAAAGUUGCGCUGCGAGCGAUCGAGCUUUAGGGCAUCCGGAUGCGCUCGGAGGAAUCAGCAGCAGGAGCCACCGCCGCGCCACCUUCGACAGGAUCGCUCCGUCUUGGGACGGCGCCCCGGAGUCUCCCGCGAGCAGAUCCGGAUCCCGAGAUGGAAUCCCCGCACCUCGAACUGCUGGAGUCCCCGGAGGGCUGUCCCUCCCCUCUGGAGCUCAGGUCUGCCCCCAGUAAGAAGAUGUGGGUCAAGCUCCGAGCACUGUUGCGGUAUAUGGUGAAACAGCUGGAGACAGGAGAGGUGAAUCUUGUGGAGCUGAAGAAGAAUUUGGAAUAUACAGCUUCUUUGCUUGAAGCGGUUUAUAUUGAUGAGACCAGGAAGAUUCUGGACACGGAAGAUGAACUCCAAGAGAUCAAAUCUGAUGCUGUACCUUCUGAAGUGCGAGACUGGCUGGCCUCCACUUUCACCCAGCAGACCCGGGCCAAGGGGCGCCGUUCAGAAGAGAAACCCAAGUUUCGCAGCAUUGUGCACGCUGUUCAAGCUGGCAUCUUUGUGGAAAGGAUGUUCCGUCGAACGUACACAGCUGUGGGACCCAAUUAUUCUCAAUCGGUCAUCAAUUGUCUGAAGACUCUUGACCUCUGGUUUUUCGAUGUCUUUGCACUGAACAGGGUGAGCGAAGACCAUGCCUUGCGCACAAUUGUCUUUGAACUGCUCACCCGCCACAAUCUCAACAGCCGCUUCAAGAUCCCCACGGUGUACCUCAUGACUUUCCUGGAUGCACUGGAGGCUGGUUAUGGGAAAUAUAAGAACCCUUAUCACAAUCAGAUACAUGCUGCUGAUGUUACCCAGACUGUACAUUGCUUCCUGCUUCGCACGGGCAUGGUGCACUGCCUGACAGAGAUUGAGGCCCUGGCCAUUAUCUUUGCAGCUGCAAUCCAUGACUAUGAGCACACGGGUACCACCAACAGCUUCCACAUCCAGACCAAGUCAGAUACAGCCAUUUUGUAUAAUGACCGGUCAGUUCUGGAGAACCAUCACAUCAGCGCCGUCUUCCGCAUGAUGCAGGAUGAAGAGAUGAAUGUACUUGUUAACCUGGCCAAGGAUGAAUUUGUGGAGCUCCGGUCACUGGUGAUUGAAAUGGUUCUGGCUACAGACAUGUCCUGUCACUUCCAGCAAGUCAAGUCCAUGAAAACUUCCCUGCAGCAGCUCGAACGGAUCGACAAAUCAAAAGCCCUCUCCUUGUUGCUGCAUGCAGCUGAUAUCAGCCACCCCACCAAACAAUGGCCGGUGCACUGCAAAUGGACCAAAGCUCUCAUGGAAGAGUUCUUCCGCCAGGGAGACAAGGAAGCUGAGCUGGGAUUGCCCUUCUCCCCAUUAUGUGAUCGCACAUCCACCCUGGUGGCCCAGUCACAGAUUGGUUUCAUUGACUUUAUUGUGGAACCCACUUUCCAAGUUCUGACAGACGUAGCAGAGAAAAUGAUCAUCCCAUUAGUGGAAGAAGGUUCCAAGAACAAAUUGUCCAGCCAGCAGAGCAGUUCCACCUGGCGUCAGACUUCUGUAGACGAACAUGCUGAGCUGGGGGACAUCAACGCUGACAUCAAAAGCUUCCGUUCCACCUGGAGCAAGUACAUCCAAGAGAACAAGCAGAAGUGGAAGGAACGAGCUGCCAGUGGAAUCACCAACCAAACAUCUAUUGAUGAGCUCUCACCUUGCGAGGAGGAGGCCAGCACACCUGAAAACCGGCACAAUCAGAACGGCAAUGUGGAAUAGCGCUGUGUAUGGGAGGAGAAAGGUUUUCAACACAGUUUACUCCAAAGUCUUCGAUACCAUCGACUCAGCACCAUCCGCACAGGGAGGGAGCCCCUCCCCAGCUCGAGAAGGGUGUGACAUGAAUGCGACCAUCAAUACUACUAGUAAUAAUAUUAAUACUGAUAAAUGCAAGUGUUACCGAGUCAACGAUGUCGACAUCACACAGUACACACUGCCUGCCCCAUCCCUGAGUUGCAGAGAGAAUGAAAGACUGAGACCUUCCCUCCCUCCCCUCCCCUCCCCCCCUAUAACUUCCACCCAUCCCUGAGUGAAAGUGGGCAAAAAGGCCAUGGGUAACGCUGGGACUGGUCACCCAAACAAUCCCCUUUCACGCCCAACAGCCCAGGUAAGGCUUUUCACUGCCAAACCAGCCAAGCGACUGCCAAGGCAACUGUCACCACUUUCUGCCCUCCCUUUUUAAACCAAGAAUGGCGGUGGUUGUACUGUAGGUGAAGAGUAUGAGGAGGGUUUUUUUUUUUUUUAAACUGAGCAUGGCAGGCAUGUAUGCGUCUGAGGGUGGGGACUCUCAUCCCUCCAUGAUGGCCUCUGGAGUAGGCUUCAAGUGUCUGGAUCCCAGCAAUCCUCCACUCCUAAUGAAAUUCUCCCCAUAGGACAACAUCCUGCUGUCUCUCUGUCAGCCAGCCUCUUGCAUGGGUAAAGGUCAUUCCUGUGCUGCCCCCCCCCCCACCCCAUCCCGGUUUUGAAGACAUCUUCAAUUUUCAAAUGCUGUGGCAUUAACUCAGAGCGACUCAGAUCUUAAAUGCAUUACCUGUCCCUCCUUUCAGGCAACAGCUUAUAUACUGUGACCAAAUGCUGAACCUCACCUGCUGUCCUCCAUCGUUAAAUGUUGCCCUGUCCCAACCAGUCACUCCAGCAUUUCAGAGAGAUAAGCAAGUGAAGGUAAUCUCUCUUUCGAAGCAGCUGCUCUUCAGUCCUGGUCUUGAAACUCAGUCGCGUUUCCUUCUCCCCUUCAUAGACUCAAUCCCUACUAUUGGGAAUUUGCAGUAUGGAGGCCAGGAUGCUUUGGGUCAGCAAGAGAGUUCACAACUGUUAGGACCUGACAAGCAGAAAGUUCACAGUAUUUCAGUUCAGCCUUCCCCAACCUGGUGCUCUCCAAAUGGGUUGCUCUACAACUUUUGCCCAUUUUUAUUCGGCAUGGCCAUCUAGAAUUGACAGGGAUGGCGAGGGAGAGGUGGGUGGGAGAGAGAGGAGGCUGGCUGGGGAAUGAAGUGAAUUGUAGUCCAACUCAUUUAGAAGGCACUCCGUUGGGGACCACUGGGCUAGUAGUGCGUCCUUUGAGAGAGACAUCACUCUGAUCUGUGUGCAUCAGGAUUUCAGCAUCUGGUUUUUUCCCCCCACUGUGAUUGUGGGUUUAGAUGCUCCUUCAACAGAAACCCUCUCUCUCUUGUAUCUAUGGAGACUCUCAGUCAUCCAGGUUAUGGUUGCCCCAAAGGUGCUUUUUAAAAAGGCAACUGAAUUUUCUUGGUUUUUUUCUUGAAGACGUUUCACUUCUCAUCCCAGAAACUUCUUCGGUUCUGAUGGAAUGGUGGAGAGUGGAAGGAUUUAUAUUCCUUAGCAGUCAUCUGGUCACUAGCACUCUGAAGGUCUCCCUUGUGGUGUCCUGCUAACAUGGAUGUUACUCUUCAUAGUUGUGAUCAAGAUAAAAAAAGAGACAUCUCCUGCAGACAAAGGGAGUUCUGAGAAGGGCAUCCCACCAGCAGAAGAGAACAAAAGACCAGGGUUUAUUUAACCUGAAUCAGGAGCACAGAGUAAUGUUAGGGCUCAGCUAAGUAAUAACAUCAUACUUGUCACCAAGGGCAGAUCGUCUUUCUCUCAAGCUGCAGAUCAUUCCAUAGAUCUGAAAUGUGAAGAUAUGUCUUCCAGAUGUAAUGAUUGGUUGCUAUUUAAGCCCUGGCACCUCUUUCACAUUUAGCAGCAAAUUAGAACAGAAGCAUGGUUUUGACUUGUUGAGGAUCCAUAUUAGAUAAAUUGUGGCUCUAGGACUCUGGAACAUUGUCAGACUCAUAGCAGAAACUUCUUUGAAGUUCUUCUACAAGAUUGAGACACACUUAUUACAUUACUAUUGAAGAGCGAGUUUGGCUAAUUCCCAUUUUGGGCGCACACUCAUUCGCUUAUACUUCUGUUUGCUAAAUUACAAUAGUCUGAGCUGCCAAUAUAAUACUACACAACUGCAAGUGUACACAGCAAAGAAAUGCUACGGUCAGGAUAAGGGCAUUGGGGGUGCAGUAAUAGGUGCCAAGAAACUGCCACAACUUGAGAAAUGGCUUGGAAGACUGUCAUUUGACAGGCCAAUUGGGCAUCAAAGCAAUUGUGUGACACUCCAACAUUGGCUGAUCUGUAGCAGGAAUUUGGUUAGUCCAAGUUCCAAGUACACCUGCAUGUCUUAGGGCACAAUUAAAACAGGGCAACUGUGAGAAAUCUUAGGGAGAGCUAAGACAUAUAAGUUCACGAAGAGACGUACAGAGCAGCUCAAGAGGACCCUGAGGAAUUCACAAAAUCUCUUCAAAUCACUCUUAAUCCAUUUAAAAAAAACUAGGAUACUAGGGGAAUGUAUUCUAUGUGCAGGGAUGUUUAUCUUAAUGGGGGAGAACAGGAUUGGUAUGAUUGAGUGCUAAGUGCACGCACAAGAGGUUAGUUCUAGGUGUGUUGUCUCAGAUGCUUUUACUGAACGCAAAGGUUGAUUUUAGAUGGUCCAUCCCAAAUGUUGGCUUUUUCAUUGUGAACAGUGUAAAAAAAGGCAAAUUGGUUAUCCUCUAUGAAAAAUCAAUUGGUUGGGCCAACAUUGCCAUUGGUCUCUUUACUUUUCUUUAGCUACGGAGCUCAGAGCAUCAAGCCAGCAGGAUAAAGUUAUCUUCUUGCAUUUGGCUGCCUAGUUCAGGUACUGCAAGAAGAAAGGAGAAGGUAGGAUAAGUGGGUUUUAUUUUUUCAGAUUAGCCUCAGGGUGGGGAUAGCAUAUUUGGAUAAGCUCCAGAGGAAGUUCUGUACAGAGAUGGCUGAAUAACAGGGAAAGCCACCAUUUAAGUACAGUAUACAGAAGUAAAAGUAGAGUAUCCUUACAGUGACUGUGAUGGGAAUGGAUAUUGUGUCCAUUUCUUUACAAUGAAUGUCACUCUCCCUGACUCUGCAGUUAGGCCAACAACGCAACUAAUAGAAUCAGGCCUCAGUUCCCCCUCUCCCACCUUUCAUCCAAGUAGAUUCUUCUUUUGAAAUGGAGAUGUAGCUGAAAAUUUGCCCUAUAUUUCUUCUUCGGCUAUGCCACCUAAUCUAACAUUCUGAAUGUUUUCCUGGAGACCAACAUGGUUGAACAAGGAUCAUAGUGGACUGGAGCUAUCUUUUCCUGAUUUGGCUAGUUCUCCAAGUGUUCAACUCGGGCAAAACUUCCUGUUUGCAUUUCCAUCUUCCUUGUCCUCUUCCCUCAAUCCCACAACUUUGUAAAUAUCUCUUUGUCAAAAACAUUUUGGUCCUUGGAACUCUGUAUGUAUUUGUACCUCGGACAUAAUUUUUUCUACCAUGCAGUAACUUUUUUUUGGUUGUCGUUCUGUUUCUUGAAGUCAGAUUCUUAUUAUAACACAGCUCCAUAUUCCAAUGCAGAAUUCCAAAUUAUGCGCAUGUAAAAGCAACUUUAAAAAGAAGAAACAAAUAAACAGCAAAAUAAAAUAAAAGGAGGGGGAAAAUCAAACAA